GUGACGCACCAGAGUGCAGUGGCGUGCCAUGCACCGGCUGUCACUAUCAGGCUCCAGUCCAACUGUCCUCUCAGUGUUUCCUGUCGUGCAAUUCGAAGAUGGAUAUCGCAGGCCUCAAAGCAGAGAUGUUGGCCCACCCAGGCUCAUACCGAAGCGGCUUCAUCAUUUUGAUCAAUUACGAGAAUAAGAAAGACGCCUACCAGAAGGAGAUCAUCGACGCCCUGGGCAAGGACAACAUCCGGUGUCUCCAGUUCAUAGAGGACUACAUCAUGGUCGUAAGCCUCAAGGUCAACGACGUCAGAGACACCAUCCUCGUCAGUCUCCGGAACCACACAUUCGGCCUCCAAGAGCCGACGAAGUACAUCGUGGACUCGGUCUUCCCUAUCCCGGCCUACAUCGAGAUCCUGAUCACGGACAUCCUGCAGGGCUUGGCGGCCGCGCACAUCCAGGAGAUCCGAAAGGGAUUCGCAGAGUUGUUUACCGAAAUCACCCACAUCGAGAUGGACUUCAUCGAGUGGGACGGCGUGACGACCAACGGCGGGGACAUCAUGGUCAAGGGGAAUACCAGGAACCUCGAGAGCACUUUGGAUAAAAUUGGCAAGGGCAAGAGGGCUCUCCUGGGCAAAAUCGAAGGUCGUGUCACUAUCAAGAAAUUCAGCUCUUUAUCACAGCCUAAAGAAAAAGUGGGCAACGUCAAAAUUUUAUGGGAACCGCAACCUGUUAAAAGAGAAACGUUUUAGGGGAACAUGAGGGCGUUAUAGUUGACGAGUUAACAUGAAUUCUAAGUGUUUUGAAAAUACAAUUUGAAACUGAAAUGACAAACAUUACAAUAAUUUAUAAAGGCGUAACUCUCCUUCUUAAAAUAUUCCAAACUGGGAACAUAGCUUAUUUUUCCAAGCACGAUUACUUGGCAUUAGUAAAUAAGAUACCAUUUUAUACAAGAAUUUUUGCAAUAAAAAAUCUAACUUUUAUAACUAAGCAAUUGAUUUACCUUAGCUACAACUUUUUCCUGGGUUUAACUGUAUCUGGAGUAUCAUAAUAGGAGGAGAUGACUGUAUAACAACAGAAUGGCACUUGAAAAACUGCAAAGAGAAUCUAAUGUUUUUUCCAUUGUUUCGAUACCAUUAGGGUCUGGAGAGUCAGGAAAUGCCAGGUGACCCCUUGUCAACAUUGCGGAAUUUUUUUUAAACGACCUACAAUAAAAUAAUCGUUUUUCGCACAUUUUUUAGAUUGGCUCUAAUAUAUUGUACAUUUCUUUUAAUGAAAUGUGUUUACCAGAUAGCUCAUAAACAUUCAGAAUGUGUUUGAUAUGCGUUAGAAGUUAUAAUUAUGAAUUUAGUCAUUCCAAGAACUACAGAUUGUAAAUUUUCUUUUUCAGAUUUUAAGAUAAGGUGAAUUUAUGAAGACACUUGUUGUAUAAGGAUUACUUUGAAGAACUUUAGAUAAGGUUGGUUUAUCAGUGUUUUUAUGAAUUAUCAGUUGUUUGUUCUUUAGUUUAAAUAUUAGCAUGUGGUUAAAUACAUCGCUGAUAUAGGCUACAUUUGUAUACCUUUCUCUUUUAUAACGUAUUUACGAUAUAAGAUAGUGAAUUAUCACCAUUCAGUUUUGCAUGAGCAACAAAUUUCAGAAAAAAAAAACAAUUCUUUUCCAAGAUGAAGGAUUGUUUUUUUUUUAAAGAUCAUCCCUUUUGUAGUAAAGCCACUGCAACUGAUAUUAAGAAAACAUCAACAAAUAGAAUUAUCAAGGCAAGCAGAAAGAGAGGUGAUGAAUUGUAUCACAGCUUGGAUCCAGAUACAACAGUGGGAUCUCACAAAGACUGUAUAUCAACUUAUACAUCUUCUCUGCAUAUCGCCCGAUACUUAAACAUCAGAAGCAAUCACCCAUUACCCCAACUUCCCCUAAGAGAAAGAAAAGAAAAGAAACAAGGCAAUUCAUAUCUAAAGAACAUUUUAUAUUUUGUGGAAAUGACUGUCCAAUUACACCUGAUCCGCGCCAUCCUGAAAGAUGGGACAAGGCAUCGUUAGACCGCACAUCAGACCUUGGUGAUACACGAUACACACAAACCUUUUACAGAAGCUAUAUUAAAUGUUUGUAAAUUGCGUAAUGAUCAGUGGGGCUAUGAAGUUGAACUUAAACUAAGUGGAGCAACAACAGAUCUUCAUGCUGCAGAUGGACAAUACCACCGAAAAUGGUAUAAAAAAUUUGUCAAACCAAAAUACUGUAAGACAGAGAGCUCUUCUUCAGAUAUGACUGACAUGGAUAAUACUGCUGUACUACAUGCUUGUAUAACUUAAAUGAAAAAAAGACUAUUCCCAAACAUGGAAUUCAGUUAAUCUUCAUCAAGUUUAUAUUGCCCAUGGUGGAAAGCUUAAGCGUCAUCAGUUUAUGAACACUAUUAUGGAUAUUUUAGAAAACAAGUACAUAGUGCUGUCUGCUUAUAGUUACGCUAGUAUUUUUAUUCAUAUAUCAUCUACAAGUCAUCUCAUAAAACUGUCAAAAGAUGAAGACUAUGCGAUGUUCAAACAGCUGUAAAAACUAUUGCUUCCACCAUUGUAAAUGAAUGCAAAGAGAAUCUACCUGAUAAAGAUUGCUACAAAAGUCGUCUCAAUAAUGAUAAAGCUUGAGCACCAGUCAGUGAAACCUUGUCUUGUGUACUACAAAAUAUAGCUAAAAGUUUAGACAACGAUGCACUGCCUUCAAUAAUGAUAGGAAACAUCAUCAGCAGCAUUGUUACAAACACAUAUACUCCACUGCAGGUGGCCCUUGGGGUAUCGCUGCGCACUCCCUCUAUGAUUGAUCCAAUGGCUAAUUUCAAGGUCUGUGCACCAUACCAUGAAGUCAUUCACUUCAAAGCAUCGGCUGCUGCUGCAACUGCGAAAAAGAAUUCUGAGGAGGGGUUAUUCAAUGAAACUGAUGGCCUGAUACAGUUCAUGUCAGAAGUUUUUUGCUAAUAUUAAUUCACCAAAUGGUCUUAGACUACACUUGCUAUUGGACUUAGCUACAUUAUGUGGGAGCAAACAAGCAACUGACAAACAUAGAUCAUUUCAGGAUGAUGUGAUACCUAGGCUGCCAGUGAAUGAAAUAAAAGAAGAACCUGUAGCAGAUAUUGAAUGCUGCCUGUAUGGUGGACCACAGAAACCUUCUAUGCCUGAUGUAGUUGCCAAGAAACCUGGUUUACCCCAGUCUUUAGUAGUCAAACGCAAUGUAAGUCCAAGACGUGCAAGGAUACUUGAUCAUGGGAUUUUCCAACAAGUAGUUACUAAGGGUGUUCCAGAUUUUGGAGGGUAUAACACUAAAGUUACAAGGGCCCAAGGACACUCUGCGACCGGCCACUGUAACAUGGUGUCAGCCACUUUUGGACAUGAAGCCAGCUGAUCCCAGUUCUAUGCUUACUAUAAUAAAAAAAAUGCCUAGAUCUGAGUAAAAAAU